GCGGUCAGGAGUUGUGAGCACGUGCGCAGGCUCCACCGCAAACUCCUCCGCCUUGGUCGAGGAGGCGAGACGCCGGCAAUGGCGCAGAGGCGCGGAAACGGCGGGAAAGGCCGCGUGGGCUCACGAUGUGGGAACUGCCUUAGAGGAGGCCGGAGGGCCUGGGGAGGUUGCUAGGUUUCCAAGCCGAGGCCUCCGGGACCUUUUCAUCUCAACAGCCGCUGGAGAGCUUAGCGGGGAUCUCGAGGCCCGGGCGAACCCGGAAAACUGCCUCCUCGCUCGUCUGCUGCGCCUGCCUGAGGCAAGGCCUGAGAGUCAACCUCCACAGCCCCAGAGGGCUGCUCUUUUGGGAAGGCGACCCGGCCCAGCUCCCUUUCCGGCCCGGCAGGGACAGCCAUUUCCGGUUUGGAGGACUCAGGACACCGGCUUGCUUUCCUUUCUGAGGCCAUAGUUCCAGGGAAGGAGGGUUCCCCAAGCUCCAAGGGGUGGAACUCUAUGGAGUCGACCAACUUGGGCUCCGUCUCUGCUAAUGUUCAGCUGUGGGUCUCUGAAUUCACUGCCAUCUGCGGCUGGGGAAAUCCUUUUGAUGACAUCUGAGCUAGGCAUUGAUCUAUGUAUGAGUAUAGCACAACAUCAAUAGGGAGAGCCAUGCAUCCCUCGUUGAACCCUCCUUGUUACUUAGCCUCUCUGGAUCUGUGGAUUGUAGCCUGAGUAUCCUUCACUCAACAGCUACUGUGCACUUACAAUACACUCCUUGCCCUCUGUCCUGUGGAACAUUUGAAGAGCCAACAAAGGUCAAAGCGUUGGGACACAGCUGGCAAGGCCAAAAGUGGCCCCAGACAUGAGGUCCAUUAAGGAAGGUGAAAAUGCACCUUCCCUUGCCAAAUUGAGAGCUUCUCCAUCGGAUAUGUCUCAAGAAUCUACCUUGGUAAAGGCUUCAGAGUCCUGUAUGGAAAAGAAUGUAUCCAUGGAUACAAGGCUUUCUGAUACGGAUUCAAACCUUGGGGGAUGGGAAGGUGAUCUAGUAACCUGGUCUCCAUCAGCCUGGAUUACACAGGCUCAAGUUUCAGAGACCAGGAUGGAAAAGGCUCAGGCCUGGGAGACCCUUGCUUUGGAGGCUCAGGCAAGAGUUGCUUUACAACCCAAGCUCAGUAUCACAGAAUUACCAACAGUGAUACCCCUGAAACAGGAAUCCUUACAGUUGGUGAAAAGGAUGAGUAACAAAAGCACUGAAGGCUUCCCUGCCCGGCUCCUGUGGUCCAGCAAGGUUGAGUACGUCCUGGCCCUCAUGGGCUACAUGCUGAUGCCAUCCGGACUCUUGCGCUUUGUCUCAUACUGGGUUCACAAAGGAAGCUGGAGCUUCUUUAUAGCGUACAUUUUAAUGCUGUUGGGCAUUGGGAUUCCUCUUCUCUUUCUGGAGAUGGCAGUUGGUCAGAGGUCACAGCAGGGCAGCGUGGAGCUAUGGAAGAACCUGAGCCCCUGGUUUGGUGGAGUGGGAUACAGCAUGGUUAUGGUGUGCUUCAUCAGUAACACCUACCUGAACGUGUUCAAUGCCUGGAUCCUUUUCUACAUGAGCCACAUAUUCCACUUUGUUGCCCCGUGGGAGAAGUGUCCCUUACAAAAGAAUUCCAGUGACUUUGAUCCUGAGUGUGAACAGGCAACAUCCUACACGUACUUUUGGUACCGGCAGACCUUGAAGGCCUCAGACAGAUUUGAGGAUGGAGGGCAACCGUCCUUCAGCCUGGGCAUGUUUCUCUUUCUGGCCUGGUGUCUCAUUUGUGUUUUCAUGGUCAACGGGAUCAAGUCCAUUGGGAAGAUCAUAUGUGUCUUGAUGCUGGUUCCCUAUCUCAUCAUGUUCUGCUUCUUAAUUCGGACUCUGUCAAUGGGCAGCACAGAAUACGGACUAAAAUACCUGCUGAUUCUCAAGGUGGCGAGCAUCUUCGACUUAACUAUGUGGUGCCAUGCAGGGAUCCAGAUUUUGUUUGAUAUUGGCCUGGGCUUUGGCCCCAUUGUCUCCUUAUCCUCACACAUGCAUGACUUCAACAACUGUCUGGCCGAUGCCAGCUUUAUGGCUCUGUUCAAGAUAUUCACCUUGUUGAUCACCACGCCCUUCAUCCUCUCCAUCCUGGGCUUCUGGGCCACUAUAACCACACAUCACUGCUGUCAGAGGAACACAAAGAAACUUAUAAUGCUGAUAGCCCAGGGGAUCCUGCCUCCUGAGGUGCAGCCCCCUGACCUGCAGGACAACCCGACCUCCAUCUACAAUUACUGGCUCUACAGCCUCCCUCCACCCUUGAGGAACACCGUCCUCAGCAUGGUGCCUGAAUGCAACAUCCAGAAGCAGUUUCUGAAGAUUGAGGAUAGCCCUCGCUUCCUGUUCCUGAUCUUCACUGAGGUCAUCUCACUAUUACCUGGGUCUGCCUUCUGGACUAUGCUCUUCUUCCUGUUGCUGCUGGGACUGGGGUUGGGUUCCAAUCUCAUGUUCAUGCUGGGCAACAUUUUGACACUCCAGGACACCUUCCCCUUCUGCAGAAGACAGCCGAAGAUGCUCACAGUGUGUGUUUCCAUGGUGAUGUUCCUGGCUGGCCUCAUCUUCAUCCAACCUUCAGGCAUCUACUACUUUUCACUGCUGAAUGAGUACUGGGUAGUGGUGCCCAUCAUCAUCAUCAUCAUAUGCGAAACCCUUGCUGUGGCCUGGGCCUAUGGGGCCAAGAGGUUCCUUGCAGACAUGAUGGUUCUGCUAGGCCACCCCGUUUUCCCUGGCUGUGACUGGCUGUGGCGCUAUGUGUCUCCAGUGGUGCUGCUAGGCCUCUUAAUGUCCAUCUUUGCAUACCUUGUCCAGGGACCCCUUGUCUACAUGGCCUGGGACUCAAGCACUUCAAAAGAGGUGGUUCGUCUUUUCCCAGUGUGGUCCUUGAUCCUGAUUGCUGGGCUGUCUGUCCUUGUCCUCUUGCCCAUCCUUGCAUACUUUGCAUACUGCCUCACCCUGGGGAUUCCCUUCAGAGCUACACCAUCCCAUAACCUUCUGUCUACAAAAGAGGCCUCAAAGGAUAUCCUACAAGGCUACAAAACAGAGUCCUAAUGAGCCUGUCAGCAGAGCCCCCAACUUCCCUCAUCAGGCCAGACAGCUUGCAUCUCGUACAGCAGACCAAAGGGGCAGCUCCGAACAGCAGCUUAAAGCCAUCACCAGCCUGGAUGCCCAGGGCAGAGGAGCUGUGGGGCCUGCUGGCUUUGCAGCACGUUCCUGGCUGGGCUCUUCCAUUGCCAUACAGUGUGUCCCCAGACCCUUGCUCAGUGCAUGUGAGUGUUCAGUGCAGCCAGGUUUAGCCUGCCAGCCCUGCUCCUGGUCUGUGGGUCUCCUGCAGGGAAGUGCGGGGCUGCUGGCCAAUAAAUCAGUCACUGUA